AACCCCUUUUAGUUUGUAAUAACCCCAUUUCUUGAAUAAUUUUAUUUGAAGGUGAAUGUUGCUGUCAUACACUUCCACCAUAGAUGAAACACAUUAAAAUAAACGCGUGCUAUUAGAACCUAGUUAACUAGCCUAGACCGGCAAGAUGGAGGAGUUUCUUUGCCUCACGAUUGCGACAUAAUCAACUUAUUAGUGUUCUUUGGCACUCACAUGGGAGCAAGUGAAUGUGAGGGUGGUCCUUGCUUCUAGUGGGAAAAUAAAUUGCAAGAAUGGGUAGCAAGAUAGCCAUGUUUAAGUGGUUGAAACAAAUCACACCUUCACAAGUAGUACAGUUGAUAAAGGCAGAAAAGGACAUAGAGAAAGCCCAUAGAAUAUUUGAUUCAGCAACAGCUGAGUAUGUUAAUGGUUUCCGACAUGAUCACACGUCUUUUGCUUACAUGAUCUCUAGGUUACUUUCUGCAAAUCAGUUUAGAGUGGCUGAGGACCUUCUCAAUAGAAUGAAGGAGGAGAAGUGUAAAAUCACAGAAGAGAUAUUCCUUUCUAUUUGCAGAGGCUAUGGCCGGGUUCACAGGCCACUUGAUGCUGUUAGAGUUUUUCACAAGAUGAUAGAUUCUGGGUUGGAUCCUACCCAGAAAUCUUAUAUUACAGUUUUUUCUAUUCUUGUUGAAGAAAAUCAGUUAAAAUUGGCUCUGAGGUUUUAUAAGUAUAUGAGACAAAUGGGCAUUCCACCUAGUGUUGUAUCCUUAAAUGUUUUGAUCAAAGCCCUCUGCAAGAAGAGUGGAAUGAUGGAUGCUGCUCUUAGGAUAUUCCAUGAGAUGCCCAGUCGGGGCUGUCCUCCAGAUUCAUUUACAUACGGUACUUUAAUUAAUGGAUUGUGUAGAUUGGGAAAGAUCACUGAGGCAAAGGAGUUGCUCAAAGAGAUGGAGAGAAAAGAUUGUUCACCUUCUGUUAUUACCUAUACCUCUCUGAUACAUGUUUUGUGCCACUCCAAAAAUGUAGGCGAAGCAAUGGGAUUGUUUGAAGAGAUGAAGAGAAAAGGUGUUGAGCCAAAUGUGUUUACUUAUAGUACUUUAAUGGAUGGUCUUUUUAAAAGUGGACAUUCUUCAAAGGCUGUAGAAUUAUUUGAGGUGAUGAUUAGCAGA